AAAAGCCGUAGUUUAAAAUGGUGGAAGUGAACGGAGAGGUGAUUAUUUUUAAGGAUACAAAUUUAAACCAGCUGUGAAUUAGAAGAAUAUAAGGUUCCUGCGGGCCGUGCAGUUACUAGGAAGUUAUCGAAUCGUAUUUUAUGCCAGCAUUUAAGCCGGACAUGAAGCCAGGAUCUGACGACUUUCUACCGCCGCCUGAGUGCCCAGUGUUUGAGCCCAGCUGGGCGGAAUUCCGAGAUCCACUUGGCUAUAUAGCUAAAAUCAGACCCAUUGCGGAGAAGUCAGGCAUUUGCAAGAUCCGUCCACCUGCGGAUUGGCAGCCUCCUUUUGCUGUAGAAAUCGAUAACUUUAGAUUUACCCCUCGAAUCCAGAGGCUAAAUGAACUGGAGGCCCAGACUAGAGUAAAACUAAACUAUUUGGAUCAGAUUGCAAAAUUCUGGGAAAUUCAAGGUUCUUCAUUAAAGAUACCUAAUGUGGAGAGGAAGAUCUUGGACCUUUAUAGCCUUAGUAAGAUUGUGAUGGAAGAAGGUGGAUAUGAAGCAAUUUGCAAGGAACGUCGGUGGGCCCGUGUUGCCCAGCGUCUUAAUUACCCAUCAGGGAAAAACAUUGGUUCCUUGUUACGAUCCCACUAUGAACGUAUCAUUUACCCCUAUGAAAUGUUUCAGUCUGGAGCCAAUCUUGUGCAGUGUAAUUCAGACCCAUUUAAUGGUGAAGAAAAAGACAAGGAAUACAAACCUCAUAGCAUUCCUCUCAGACAGUCUGUCCAACCAUCAAAAUUCAAUAGCUAUAGUAGGCGAGCCAAAAGGCUACAACCUGAGCCAGAACCCACAGAAGAGGACAUUGAGAAAAAUCCAGAGCUAAAGAAACUACAGAUAUAUGGGGCAGGCCCCAAGAUGAUAGGCUUGGGCCUGGUGGCUAAAGAGAAGAGUCUGAGAAAGAAAGAUAGCAUACAACCAGAUAAAGAAGAAGUAACCUGUCUUCCAAGUGUUGCAGUGAAGGAGGAAGCCAGUGGGUUUGGAAAAGUGGCAUCAUUUCCUGAGAAGGACUUAAACCAAAAUCUAAAAGCUCGUACAAAGAUGACAAUGCAACUACGGAAUAAUCACAGCAGUACCCAAUUUGUGGAUGUUUGCCGAAUAUGCUCUCGUGGGGAUGAAGAUGAUAGACUUCUUCUCUGUGAUGGCUGUGAUGACAGUUACCACAUCUUUUGCCUAUUGCCACCCCUUUCUGAAGUCCCCAAGGGGAUAUGGAGGUGCCCAAAGUGUAUCUUGGCGGAAUGUAAGCGUCCCCCUGAAGCAUUUGGUUUUGAGCAGGCUACACAGGAGUAUACUUUGCAGAGUUUUGGUGAGAUGGCUGAUUCCUUCAAGGCUGACUACUUCAACAUGCCUGUACAUAUGGUACCUACAGAAGUUGUGGAAAAGGAAUUCUGGAGGCUGGUGAGCAGCAUUGAGGAAGAUGUGACAGUUGAGUAUGGAGCAGACAUUCACUCCAAAGAAUUUGGCAGUGGGUUUCCUGUCAACAAUGGCAAAUGGAACUUAUCCCCUGAAGAAGAGGAGUAUGCUACCAGUGGUUGGAAUCUGAAUGUGAUGCCAGUGCUGGACCAGUCUGUUCUCUGUCACAUCAAUGCAGACAUCUCAGGCAUGAAAGUGCCCUGGUUAUAUGUGGGCAUGGUUUUUUCAGCAUUUUGUUGGCAUAUUGAGGAUCACUGGAGUUACUCCAUUAACUACCUGCACUGGGGUGAACCAAAAACCUGGUAUGGGGUACCUUCUCUGGCAGCAGAACACUUGGAAGAGGUUAUGAAGAGACUGACACCUGAGCUGUUUGACAGCCAACCUGACCUCCUACACCAGCUUGUCACUCUCAUGAAUCCGAACACUCUCAUGUCACAUGGAGUACCAGUUGUUCGUACAAACCAAUGUGCAGGGGAAUUUGUUGUUACUUUCCCUCGUGCUUACCACAGUGGUUUUAACCAAGGAUAUAACUUUGCUGAGGCAGUGAAUUUUUGCACUGCUGAUUGGCUACCUGCUGGACGCCAGUGUAUUGAACACUACCGCCGCCUCCAGCGUUAUUGUGUCUUCUCCCAUGAGGAGUUAAUCUGCAAGAUGGCUGCAUUCCCAGAGAAGCUGGAUCUGAAUCUAGCAGUGGCAGUUCACAAGGAGAUGUUCAUUAUGGUGCAGGAGGAGCGACGUCUCCGAAAGGCCUUGUUGGAGAAGGGCGUCACGGAAGCUGAACGAGAAGCCUUUGAGCUGCUCCCAGAUGAUGAGCGUCAGUGCAUCAAGUGUAAGACCACGUGUUUUCUAUCAGCCUUGGCCUGUUAUGACUGCCCAGAUGGUCUUGUCUGCCUUUCUCACAUCAAUGAUCUUUGUAAGUGCUCAAGGAACCGACAAUACUUACGGUAUAGGUAUACAUUGGAUGAAUUGCCUGCUAUGCUACAAAAGCUGAAGAUUCGGGCUGAGUCUUUUGACAACUGGGCCAACAAAGUACAAGCAGCUCUAGAGGUAGAGGAUGGACGGAAACGCAGUUUUGAAGAACUAAGGGCAUUGGAAUCUGAAGCUCGUGAAAGACAAUUCCCUAAUAGUGAACUGCUUCAACGACUGAAAAACUGCCUAAGUGAGGCAGAGGCUUGUAUUUCCCAAAUUCUUGGACUAGUCAGUAACUCAGAUGAUAGGUUAGAAGCUCCACAACUCACCCUGACUGAGCUACAGGUUCUUCUCAAACAGAUGGAUACUCUGCCCUGUGCCAUACAUCAGAUUAAUGAAGUUAAGAAUGUCCUGCAACAGGUGGAGGCAUACCAAAUUCAGACCCGUGAGGCUCUAAUUUCAGUGCCUUAUAAUUCAGAACUACUUCAGUCCCUGUUGGAAAAGGGUCAACAGCUUUGCGUUGAAGUCCCCGAAGCUCAUCAGCUUCAGGAAAUGAUAGAACAGAUACAAUGGCUAGAUCAAGUGAAGCAAGCCCUAUCUCCUUCAUCCCAGAGGCACUCUCUGGUCAUCAUGAAGAAGCUUUUAGUUACAGGAACCAAGGUACCCUCCAGCCCUUCUGUGAAUAAAGCUCGAGCAGAGCUACAAGAACUGCUGACUAUUGCAGAACGUUGGGAGGAAAAGGCCCAUUUCUGCUUGGAAGCUAGGCAAAAACAUACUCCAGCCACUUUGGAAGUUAUAAUACGUGAGGCAGAAAACAUUCCUGUCUACUUGCCUAAUAUCCAGUCUCUCAAGGAAGCUCUGACUAAGGCACAGGCUUGGAUUGCUGAUGUGAAUGAGAUUCAAAAUGGCGAUCACUACCCCUGCUUGGAUGAUUUGGAGGGCCUAGUAGCUGUGGGUCGUGAUUUACCUGUGGAGCUAGAAGAACUGAGACAACUGGAAAAUCAGGUGCUGACAGCACACUCCUGGAAAGAGAAAGCUUCUAAGACUUUUCUCAAGAAGAAUUCUUGCUACACACUGUUGGAGGUUCUCUGCCCAUGUGCAGAUGUUGGUUCCAUUAGCACAAAGCGCAGUCGGUGGAUGGAAAAGGAGAUGGGGUUAUACAAAUACGACACAGAAUUGCUGGGGCUGUCUGCACAGGACCUCAGGGACCCAGGAUCUGUGAUAAUGGCCUUCAAGGAAGGAGAAGCAAAAGAAAAGGAAGGCAUCUUGCAGUUGCGACACAUCAACUCAGCCAAACCCAAUCCAAUGUCCUCAUCAACCACUGCCUCUGCAACCUCCAUCUGUGUAUGUGGGAAGGUUCCUGCAGGGGUAGAAGUUCUGCAGUGUGACCUCUGUCAAGACUGGUUUCAUGGACAAUGUGUUACAGUACCACGCCUGCUCAGUUCCCUAAGGGCCAGUCAUACAUCAUCUCAGCUGCUAGCUUGGUGGGAAUGGAAUACUAAAUUCCUGUGCCCAUUGUGCAUGCGUUCAAGGCGUCCACGUCUAGAGACCAUCCUGUCAUUGCUGGUAGGACUACAGAGACUGCCUGUGAGGCUACCUGAGGGUGAGGCCCUGCAGUGCCUAACAGAGAGAGCCAUUGGUUGGCAAGGCCGUGCCAGACAGGCUCUAGCUUCUGAGGAUGUGACCGCUUUAUUGGAACAGCUAGCCAAAGUCCGCCAACAGCUACAGAAUAAAUUGAGACAUGAGAAGGCUCCUACCUCUUCUUCAGACCUUGCCUCUGACUCUGUCAGGAACAGUACUGGCAAGGAUAUCCUUAAGGAAGAGGAGUUGGUACUAAAUGAAGAUAGACUGAUAAGUCCAGAGAAGUCUUUUCUAAAGGAAACUUUAUAUAAAAGAGAUGAGGAACUGCUGCCUUCACUAUUAUCACAAUUAACUGGUCCUGUAUUGGAACUGCCGGAAGCCACCCGGGCCCCCCUAGAGGAGCUUAUGAUGGAGGGAGAUCUACUUGAAGUGACCUUAGAUGAGAACUAUAGCAUUUGGCAGCUGCUGCAAGCUGGGCAGAAUCCUAACUUAGAGCGGAUUCACACACUUCUAGAGCUUGAGAAGCCCGAGAACCCAGAGAAUCGGUCACAGGAACAGACACCAGAAAGGCGUCAACAGCGGAGGCAAAAGGUGGAUUUGAGUAGAAAGGGUGAGGAUCUUUCUCAAAAAGAGCUAGAAUCAAAAAGAGCCAGAAGUUCAAGGAUUAAGCCUAAGGAAAAACAGUUUCAAGAGGCAACAUGUGGAGAAAAUGUGUUUUUGUCAUGCCCUACAGAACAUACACAUAUCUUAAAAGAGCACAUGAGUAGUGUACAGAAGAAGGAUAUAAGCCCUUCAUCUUCUUUUUCUUCCAUAACUCCUUUGCUACACCUAUCUUAUUUUCAUCAACAGGAAUUAUAACAUUAGGAAAAGUGAUUUUCCCCAUUCUUUCCUAAUUCUCAUUACUCCUUUCCUUGUUCUUUCCUUCUUUCUUUUCUCCCUUUUCUCUCCUUUCUUUCUGUUAUUCCUCUACCUUCCCUCAGUUUCACUGCCUUUCAUACACCUUUCUUUGCCUUUAAUUCCUUCAGUACCUAAAGAACUAUUUAUUUCUUAUCUAGAGCUUGUCUACACAUUAUUGUGUCCUUACUCCUAAUGCAUUUACAGCUCAUUUCCUAAAAACUAUGCCCUGUGUGCUUUCCCAAAAUUCUGUCAGCAAUAUUCCUAUGACUACCAUACAAAACGUGAUGUCCUGAGCUACAGAGAGAAAAGUAAAAUUUGAAAAUUUUAAAGUUUAUUAAACUUCUUGAUUUUUAAAUGCUUCACUCUUCUCUAUGUAAUGGCCAGAUCAUGUACUUAUUAAAAUAAGUCUUUUAUUUCAUAUUUUUUAUUUUAUCUUACUUUUUUCUCUUUAGUUCACAUUGUGAGAAAAUAUAUUGUAUGUUGUAACUACUUCUUAAGGAAAAAAAUACAGUAUGCAAAUUUAUUCUAGUUUUCUUUUAAUUUUCUUUCUUCUGUUAAAAUAAACGUGUGUUUUGAAAUUGGA